AUGGAGGUUUCUCAAAUCCUCUCUAGUUUUCCAGGUGUUGAAGAAGCGAAUGUCUAUGGUGUACAGGUGCCUGGGGAAGCGGAGGGACGUGCAUGCAUGGCGGCCCUUCGUGGUCAGGACUUGCAAUCUAGAGAAAAACUGGAUGCCCUUCAAAGCCUUUGCGAGAAGGAGCUUCCCAGCUAUGCACGUCCCAAGUUCCUUCGAAUUUUGUCAGACAUGGAGAUCACUGGGACUUUCAAGCACCAGAAGGUGCAGCUGCGUGAUCAGGGCUUUGACCCAUCGAAGGUCCCGGAUCCCGUCUUCAUGAUGGACCCCAAAUCCCACCGCUACGUGCCUAUGGAUUCGCAGCUCUUCACACAGUUGCAGCAGGGCAGAUCCAAAUUGUGA